GACUCAGUGAGCGGUGGGAGGAGCCGUGUGCUCUGGGGUGUCAGCUGGGGCGGACCCUGAGGCGGCGGCGCGGCUGACGUGGAGUGUCCGGGUUAGCGGGCGCGGCGAGCUGCGGGAUUGGGGAGCGACGGGCCGGGCCGGGCCUUCGGGCCCGAGGCGGCGGCAUAAAGCCGGCGACGGGGAGCAUGUAAUGUCGGAAUGCGGAGGCCGCGGCGGCGGCGGCAGCAGCAGCAGCGAGGACGCCGAGGACGAGGGAGGGGGUGGCGGCGGCCCCGCGGGCUCCGACUGCCUCAGCCCGAGCCCGGCCCCGGCCACAGCGUCCUCGGCGGGGCGACUCCGUCGCGGGCUGCGUGGCGCCUCCCUCAUGGCGCGCCAGCGGCCCGAGCUGCUCUGCGGGGCCGUGGCGCUCGGCUGCGCGCUGCUCCUCGCCCUCAAGUUCACCUGCAGUCGAGCAAAAGAUGUGAUAAUACCAGCAAAGCCACCUGUCAGCUUUUUCUCCCCGAGGUCUCCAGUGCUUGACCUCUUCCAGGGACAGCUGGACUAUGCAGAGUACAUUCGCCGGGACUCAGAGGUGGUACUGCUGUUCUUCUAUGCCCCUUGGUGUGGACAGUCCAUCGCUGCCAGGGCAGAAAUUCAGCAAGCAGCAAGUCGGCUUUCAGACCAGGUGUUGUUUGUGGCAAUUAACUGUUGGUGGAACCAGGGGAAAUGCAGAAAACAGAAACACUUCUUUUAUUUUCCUGUAAUAUAUCUAUAUCAUCGGAGUUUUGGACCAAUCGAAUACAAAGGCCCCAUGAGUGCUGUUUACAUUGAGAAGUUUGUCCGCCGGGUGAUGAAACCACUUCUCUACAUCCCAUCUCAAUCAGAGUUACUAGAUUUUCUCUCAAACUACGAGCCUGGAGUACUCGGGUACUUUGAGUUCAGCGGCUCACCCCAGCCUCCUGGUUAUUUGACCUUCUUCACCUCAGCAUUACAUUCAUUAAAGAAAGCUCUGGAAUCAACCUCUUCUCCAAGGGCCCUGGUUUCUUUUACUGGAGAAUGGCAUUUAGAAACCAAGAUCUACAUGCUAGAUUACCUAGGAACAGUACGAUUUGGGGUUAUCACAAAUAAACAUCUUGCGAAACUGGUAUCCUUAGUACACUCUGGAAGUGUGUAUUUACAUAGACAUUUCAACACAUCACUUGUCUUCCCUAGGGAGGUCCUGAACUACACAGCUGAGAACAUCUGUAAGUGGGCCUUAGAAAACCAGGAGACGCUCUUUCGGUGGCUGCAGCCACACGGAGGCAAGAGUCUCUUGCUGAAUAACGAGCUGAAGAAAGGACCAGCACUGUUUCUGUUCAUACCUUUUAAUCCCCUGGCCGAAAGUCAUCCUUUAAUAGACGAGAUCACCGAAGUGGCCUUGGAGUACAACAACUGUCAUGGGGACCAGGUGGUGGAGCGUCUCCUUCGGCACCUGCGGCGGGUGGACGCUCCAGUGCUGGAGUCCCUGGCCCUGGAAGCCCCGGCACAGCUGCCAGACCCGCCGCUGAUCACAGCAUCCCCCUGCUGCAACACUGUGGUGCUGCCCCAGUGGCACUCCUUCUCCAGGACCCACAACAUCUGUGAACUCUGUGUCAACCAGACUGCCGGGGGCAUGAAGCCGAGCUCGGUCAGCAUGCCACAGUGCAGCUUUUUUGAAAUGGCAGCAGCUCUGGAUUCUUUCUACCUCAAGGAGCAGACCUUUUAUCACGUGGCAUCAGACAGCAUAGAAUGCAGCAAUUUUUUAACUUCCUAUAGCCCUUUCAGCUACUACACUGCAUGUUGCAGGACCAUAAGCAGGGGUGUGGCAGGCUUCAUCGAUUCUGAACAAGGUGUCUUUGAAGCCCCUACCGUUGCAUUUUCUUCCCUUGAGAAGAAAUGUGAGGUCGAUGCCCCAAGCUCCAUUCCUCACAUUGAGGAGAACAGGUAUCUCUUUCCAGGAGUGGACAUGACUAGCACAAACUUCACAGGCCUGAGCUGCAGAACCAACAAGACUCUCAACAUCUACCUUUUGGAUUCAAAUUUGUUUUGGUUAUACGCAGAGAGACUGGGUGCUCCGAGCUCCACUCAGGUGAAAGAAUUUGCGGCAAUUGUUGACGUGAAAGAAGAGUCUCACUACAUCUUGGAUCCAAAGCAAGCGCUGAUGAAGCUUACCCUAGAGUCUUUUAUUCAAAACUUCAGCGUUCUCUAUAGUCCCUUGAAAAGGCAUCUCAUUGGAAGUGACUCUGCCCAGUUCCCGUCUCAGCAUUUAAUCACUGAAGUGACAACUGAUACCUUUUGGGAAGUAGUCCUUCAGAAACAGGAUGUUCUCCUGCUCUAUUACGCUCCGUGGUGUGGCUUCUGUCCAUCCCUCAAUCACGUCUUCAUCCAGCUAGCUCGGAACCUGCCCAUGGACACAUUCACUGUGGCAAGGAUUGACGUGUCUCAGAAUGACCUUCCUUGGGAAUUUAUGGUUGAUCGUCUUCCUACUGUCUUGUUUUUUCCCUGCAACAGAAAGGACCUAAGUGUGAAAUACCCUGAAGACCUCCCCAUCACCCUUCCAAACCUGUUGAAGUUCAUUUUGCAUCACUCAGAUCCUGCUUCCAGCCCCCAGAACAUGGCUAACUCUCCUACCAAGGAGUGUCUUCAGAGCGAGGCAGUCUUACAGCGGGGGCACAUCUCCCACUUGGAGAGAGAGAUCCAGAAACUGAGAGCAGAAAUAAGCAGCCUCCAGCGAGCACAAGUGCAGGUAGAGUCCCAGCUCUCCAGCGCCCGCAGAGAUGAGCACCGGCUGCGGCGGCAGCAGCGGGCCCUGGAGGAGCAGCACAGCCUGCUCCGCGCCCACAGUGAGCAGCUGCAGGCCCUCUACGAGCAGAAGACACGCGAGCUGCAGGAGCUGGCCCGCAAGCUACAGGAGCUGGCCGAUGCCUCGGAAAACCUCCUCACCGAGAACACAUGGCUCAAGAUCCUGGUGGCGACCAUGGAGAGGAAACUGGAAGGCAGGGAUGGAGCUGAAAGCCUGGCGACCCGGAAAGAGGUCCGCCCCAAGCAGCCGGAGCCCUCAGGCACCCCCCAGCUCCCUGGCAGUUCCCCUCCACCUGCCAACGUCAGUGCCACACUGGUGUCUGAAAGGAAUAACGAGAACAGGACAGACUAACUUUUUAAAUGACGUGAAGAAAUCAGAGGUGAAAAUUGUACAUUGGGAAUAUAUUUAUGCAAAUUUUAUUGAAAUUUAUUGUAAAUAAAGAUUUUCUCAGUGGUCUAGAAAA